CUCGAGAGUUCGCAAUCGCAACACGCGCUGGUCAAAGCCGAUGCUCGCGCUCACAAGCGAACAUCACACAUUCAUUCUGAAUUAAGGUGAAUUAAAACGUCCUCGGUACAAGACUGGAGUUAUUCGAGAUCAGAGUUAGAAUUAGGCGUCUCAAAUGGAGACAGAAGCCAUGGAUGUCCAACAGCAGGACAGGGUCGUGGCCCAGGAAAAUCACGUCCACACAACACAACCACAGGCCACCAGCAAACCUGAAGUCACCGGUCCCGUCUCAGCUGAGAUUGUUCACAACGGAAGCAACGAGUCCCUGACAGACGGUGUCACAUCCAGUGAUGAUGCUUUACUGCUUCCAGGCCAUAUACCUACAAUUUCACGCAAAAUAGACAAAGUCAACGCGAAGCCCAGUUUUCCCAAUAGCUCGUCUCCUCCUGUCAUCAAUGGCUCUACUAUCAUCUGCAAACCGCCGGCUUCUUCAUCAGGAGGAUCGACGCCUCGUGCUUCAGCACAACAGAAAUGCAAGCGACAUGCAAAGUGCAAUGGACACAAACACCCUCACAGAAAACACACACCCUCCACUUCCAUGAGCCAGCAGAGCUUCAAAGGCGAUGCCUCGCAGAUACAGAGAGUAGCUGGAGACGACUGCUGUGCGCACUGUAUACUAGCCUGUCUGUUCUGCGAGGUGCUGUCGUGCUGUUCGGCCGUGGCUCAGUGUUUGGCCUGCGGGCUGGAGUGUGACGCUCUCUGUUGUUGUGGGGAAGCAGCCACCGGAGGUCUGGCGUGCUGUGCUGAGGACACCUGCUCUGCCCUGCUGGAUUGUGGGAUACUGGAGGACUGUUGCCAGUCUUCAGACUGUCUGGAGAUCUGCCUGGAAUGCUGCUCCAUCUGUUUCCCUGCCUAAUGGGAUUCUCUACAGAAUGAUAUCAAGAGCUCAAAGGACCCACUCUUAUCUAAAGUGUGUGUGGCAGGAAGCCUGAGCGAUGCAAAAAUAACCAGUCAGGAUGACUAUAAAGCGUUUGCAUAUUCCUCUGGGCAUGUUGAAUUUCACAGCCUGUCUCCAGAUGACUCUGCCCAGUGUUUAGACAGUGGGCACCGCUCGAGAGAGAGAGCGCUCAUGUUGAAUCUGGCAGUGGGACAGAGAUCUGCGUGUCCAACAGAAGCCACUGAAGCUCUACUGAGAUGACCUCCAUCCCUCCCUGCAUCCCGCUGUGGGUUAACACAUUAAAAACGCCUUCAUAUCUGCCCUAUAUCACUGACUUAUUGAUUAUAUAAGUCAGCAAACCACAAUGUAUAAUAUUUGAAAAUGUGUUGUAGAACAAAUAUGUUAAUAAAGUAUCAUGAUGAUAAACAUGAUUAAUAAAGUAUCUAUCUAUCUA